ACUGCAAGGCCCACCCUAAAGGAUUGGAUUCAAGGGCGCUGGAGCGACAGGCUACUGCACGGGUUAUGAAGGUGGAAGAAGAGAAGGCUGGGGUAGGGAAGCUGGACUCUGCUAACUACAGGAGGAGAUGUCAGGAUCAGGAAGACUGCCGUUCCAUCCACAUUGGGCUUUCAGUCCCCAGUUACCCUCAAAGGAAGAGAGACCAGCAGGGACAUCUUCCGGGCCUGCAAAAAGUCUGCUGGGGCCUGCAGCCAGAAAAACCACAGCAGGAGCUGACUGGCACGGGCAGCAGGGGAAGCAGCAGGGACAGCAAUGUGGAUCAUGUCAGCAGGACCCGGUCUCCAGCUGCUGAGCAGCUCCAGGACAUCCUGGGGGAGGAAGAUGAGGCUCCCAACCCCACCCUCUUCACAGAGAUGGACACCCUGCAGCACGACGGAGACCAGAUGGAGUGGAAAGAGUCAGCCAGGUGGAUAAAGUUUGAAGAAAAGGUAGAGGAAGGAGGCGAACGCUGGAGCAAGCCCCACGUGUCCACACUGUCGCUGCACAGCCUCUUCGAGCUGCGGACCUGCUUGCAGACGGGGACGGUGCUGCUGGAUUUGGACAGCGGCUCCUUACCACAGAUCAUAGAUGACGUCAUUGAGAAGCAAAUUGAGGACGGCCUCCUGCGGCCCGAGCUCCGGGAGAGGGUCAGCUAUGUCCUCCUGAGGAAACACCGUCACCAAACCAAGAAGCCCAUCCACCGCUCCUUGGUUGACAUUGGAAAGUCUGUCUCCUCCACCACCAAUCGCAGCCCGGCCCGGAGCCCAGCGGCUGGUCCGAGCCUCCACCACUCCACCGAGGACCUGAGGAUGCGGCAAAGUGCCAGUUACGGCCGGCUGUGUCACGCCCAGAGCAGAAGCAUGAAUGAUAUUUCUCGCACCCCAAACACAGACCAGCGGAAAAACAAAUUCAUGAAGAAGAUCCCCAAGGACUCAGAAGCCUCCAACGUGCUCGUGGGCGAGGUGGACUUCCUGGACCAGCCGUUCAUCGCCUUCGUGCGUCUCAUCCAGUCAGCCAUGCUGGGAGGAGUGACUGAGGUGCCUGUCCCCACCAGAUUUCUGUUCAUACUGCUUGGACCUUCUGGGAGAGCAAAAUCCUACAAUGAAAUUGGCCGUGCCAUUGCAACCCUCAUGGUAGACGAUCUCUUCAGUGACGUGGCCUAUAAAGCCCGGAAUCGGGAAGACCUGAUAGCAGGGAUUGAUGAGUUUCUGGAUGAGGUCAUCGUCCUUCCUCCUGGAGAAUGGGACCCAAAUAUCCGAAUUGAGCCCCCCAAGAAGGUGCCCUCUGCUGAUAAGAGGAAAUCCGUGUUCUCGCUGAUGGAGCUAGGCCAGAUGAACGGCUCUGCAGGGGGAGGCGGCGGGGCGGCUGCAGGAGGCGGCGGCGGAGGCUCUGGCGGUGGCGGCGGGGCCGGCGGAGGGAGCAGCGGGGAUGACGGAGAGAUGCCAGCCAUGCACGAAAUCGGGGAAGAGCUAAUCUGGACGGGAAGGUUCUUCGGUGGCCUGCUUCUGGAUAUCAAGAGGAAGCUGCCCUGGUUCCCAAGUGACUUCUAUGACGGCUUCCACAUCCAGUCCAUCUCUGCCAUCCUAUUCAUCUACCUCGGCUGCAUCACCAACGCAAUCACCUUUGGUGGGCUUCUGGGGGAUGCCACUGACAAUUAUCAGGGAGUGAUGGAGAGCUUCCUGGGCACUGCCAUGGCCGGCGCCUUGUUCUGCCUCUUCUCGGGACAGCCUCUCAUCAUCCUCAGCAGCACAGGGCCCAUCCUCAUCUUUGAGAAGCUCCUCUUCGACUUCAGCAAAGGCAAUGGUCUGGACUACAUGGAGUUCCGCCUCUGGAUUGGCCUCCACUCAGCCAUCCAGUGCCUUAUCCUGGUGGCCACAGAUGCCAGCUUUAUCAUCAAGUAUAUCACCCGCUUCACAGAAGAGGGCUUCUCCACCCUUAUCAGCUUCAUCUUCAUCUAUGAUGCCAUCAAGAAGAUGAUUGGUGCCUUCAAGUACUACCCCAUCAAUAUGGACUUUAAGCCUGACUCCAUCACCACCUACAAAUGCGAGUGUGUCGCCCCCGACACAGCAAAUACAACCAUGUUCAAUGCUUCAGCCCUGCUGCCACCAAACACCAACACUUCUCUGUACAACCCCCUUAACCUCACAGCACUGGACUGGUCUCUGCUGAGCAAGAAGGAAUGUCUGAACUACGGUGGGCAGCUGCUCGGGAAUUCCUGUCAGUUCAUCCCUGACCUGGCACUCAUGUCCUUCAUCCUUUUCUUUGGGACGUACUCCAUGACCCUGACACUGAAGAAGUUCAAAUUCAGCCGCUAUUUCCCGACCAAGGUCCGGGCCCUGGUAGCUGACUUUUCCAUUAUUUUCUCCAUCCUGCUGUUCUGUGGAAUCGAUGCCUGCUUCGGCCUGGCGACCCCCAAGCUGCAUGUGCCCAGUGUCAUCAAGCCCACACGGCCUGACCGAGGCUGGUUUGUGGCCCCCUUUGGGAAGAACCCGUGGUGGGUGUACCUGGCGAGCAUCCUGCCCGCCCUGCUGGUGACCAUCCUGAUCUUCAUGGACCAGCAGAUCACCGCCGUCAUAGUCAACCGGAAGGAGAACAAGCUGAGGAAGGCUGCUGGCUACCAUCUGGACCUGUUCUGGGUGGGCAUCCUCAUGGCCCUGUGCUCCUUCAUGGGGCUCCCCUGGUAUGUGGCGGCCACUGUCAUCUCCAUCGCCCACAUCGACAGCCUCAAGAUGGAGACGGAGACCAGCGCCCCUGGGGAGCAGCCCCAGUUCCUGGGGGUCAGGGAACAAAGAGUGACCGGCACCAUUGUCUUCAUCCUGACGGGCAUCUCCGUCUUCCUGGCUCCUGUCCUGAAGUACAUCCCCAUGCCCGUGCUGUAUGGAGUCUUCCUCUACAUGGGCGUGGCCUCCCUGAAUGGCAUCCAGUUCUGGGAACGCUGCAAGCUCUUCCUCAUGCCGGCCAAGCACCAGCCGGACCACGCCUUCCUGCGGCACGUGCCCCUGCGCCGGAUCCACCUCUUCACGCUGGUGCAGAUACUCUGCCUGGCGGUGCUCUGGAUCCUCAAGUCCACGAUGGCCGCCAUCAUCUUCCCGGUCAUGAUCCUGGGCCUCAUCAUUGUUCGAAGGCUUCUGGACCUCAUCUUCUCCCAGCAUGAUCUGGCCUGGAUUGACAACAUCCUUCCAGAGAAGGAGAAGAAGGAGACAGAUAAGAAGAAGAAGAGAAGGAAAGGGGCCCAUGAGGACAGUGAUGAGGAGCCCCAGUUCCCUCCUCCCUCAGUUAUAAAGAUUCCCAUGGAAAGUGUCCAAUCAGAUCCCCAAAAUGGUAUCCACUGCAUUGCCAGAAAAAGAUCUUCCAGUUGGAGUUACUCAUUCUGAUUCUUCCUUCAGUGACUCAGAACUCGACCGGAGCAUCACAUUGCACUUCAAAAUUUCCUGUCCAGCUUCACCUGCUUUCAACUAUUCACAGAGCCCAGUGUUCAUGGUGCCACAGGUGAAGAUAGAAAUGGAGUCAGACUGUGACUUCACAGAUGUGGACAGAUACGGAAGAGAAACUGACGGCGAGACCACCCUCUAGGACGCAGCUGUGCCCAGACAGGGCUUCCUCUUCACUGUGGGAGGACAUGAUUGCAUCUUCACUGUGAGGUCUGGACCAGACCCCUAACUUCUCUGAGCCAGUUUCCUUAUUUGCCAAACAGACGGAGUCAUUCCACUUGAUAGAAAACUGAUCUGUGGAUGAAAAGUACUACUUACAUGCAAAGCUGUCUCCUUCUUUCUGCAGUUAUGCAAACCAACAGAAACAUGAUACCUUAUUUUAAAAUGCAGUCCAGGAUAGAACUUACAGUGUUUCUUGAAAUGAAAACAGUGCUUGCCUCCCAAAAUAUAGCUAAGAUAAAGGGGGCAAUAAUAAAUUUUUAUUGAAACAAAUAUCCGUUAGAUUUCUUUUUUAAGCUUAGAUUUUAAAAUAUCUAGAUGGUCUUGAAAAAAAAACAUUAAAAUGCUCAUACUUCAGUAGACCAAAGCUGGAAAAUUUGUUUUGCAACUUGACAUAGUAAGAAAUGUGUAAAAGGCCCUAUCUUCUCUUCCCAUCUCGGGCAGCUUUCUAAGGCUCCUAUGGCAAGUUUGCGCCAUCUGCAUGCUCUGUGGGCCCAGGGCCAGCACAGACGUGUGACUGGAGCUUCUCCAGACUGAAAAGCCAGUUCCCAAAGUCGGCUAAUGAAAGAACCAACACAUGAGAGCGAGCAAAUGUUUUCAAAAUAAAAUUGUUCUUGUUAAAAUGAAACUUCCAACCACAUUACAUCAACAAAAUGAUCCUUUAAAUUAAUAUCAUUGGUUUUUCACAUUCAGAGUAAGACUUCUUUCUACCCUUGGGUAGAUCCUGUCUACAAGUUUUCAAUGACCUUGCUCCCAAAGUUAAACUCCCACCCACAGGACCACUCCAUGUUAGGCAGUGCUAAUGUAAAAUAUUAGAUUAUAACUUUGCAGUAUUAGAUUAGUACUUUAAAGGAAUGAUUGGAAACAAGUUGGGUAGAUUAAUAACUCAUUAAUAUAAGCAGCAAACCCUGUCCUCAUGAAACUUAAUAGCAGUCUGUCUUUAGUCCCCACUUAACAAACACCAACCUUGCUUGUUUAACACCUACUAUGUGCCUGACAGCCACAAUGCAGCUGACAUUUACUUUCUCCAAAACAACUAUGGAUUUGAAUCUUGAGGAAAUCACUUUGGUUAGUUACUACAUUUACUCACGAUGACCAAAGCAGGUGCUUUUUUUCUUCAUCCUUUUCUAGUUUUUAAAGACAAACGACACUAGAUCGUUAACACUUUGGGUAUGAGGACAGCUAAUUGCAUCUGCGAUCCUCAGAGCUUCAUACAGUGCCUGGUCCCUAGAAAACUUUAAGUGUUUAUUCAGUUAAAUCUCAGAGCUCCCUUCCAAGGGAUACUGCCAAGAGGUAAAGCUCUAAACCUCUCCCAUUAACUGCUCACUCACCCAGAACCAUCACCUGAAUUUAAGGAUAAAUUCUGUAUUUUCAGCUGCACCAAUCCUGGGAGAGCUAACAAUCAACCCUUAACAUUUCAAUUUUAAAACUUGGCUGAUUUCCAAUAGCACUUUGUCCAAAUUAAACUGUAGAAAUGUUAUGGAUUCUGGAGUAAAUGUGCUUGAUUAAUGAAACAAGUUGGAAACUACAAUGUUAAUUUUUUGUUGUUGUAAAUUGAUCACUGUAAUUUUCACCUUAUAUGUCAUUUAUAUUUUGUAUAUACAUGAACAUUUUAAUUUUGACAACUUUUAACAGGUGGACAUAUUGUUACUUCUCCAUGUUCUAGGUCAGAAUUUCUUUCCACUUAUAACUGUAAUUCAAUAAAACUUAAUCCUGUC